AUGGAUACUUUCAAUUUUUUUUUUUUUUUUUUUGCUUUCUUUCGUUCUUUCUUUUUUCACGUUUCGUAUAAGCAUACUUUCAAUGACAUUUUUCUUUCUCUCUAUUUUAUUUUUUCAUCUCAGUAUAUACAUAGUUUCAAUUUUCCUCCUUUCUUUCAUGUACACAUCUCGGUAUAUGCCUCCUUUCAAUCUCUUUCUUUCUUGCUUUCUUUCUUUUUCACAUUUUGGCAUACGCAUAUAUUGAAUUACUUUCUUUUUUUCUUUCAUUCAUUCUUACAUUUUCACAUCUCCAUACCUUCAAUUUUCUUUCUUUCUUUCAUCGUCACAUCUCGGAAUAUGCAUACUUUGAAUUUCUUUAAUUUUGUUUUCUUUCUUUUUCACAUCUUGGUAUACUCACAUUUUCAAUUACUUUUCUUUUCUUUGGUUGUCUUUCUUUCAUAUAUCGUUUCGUUUUCUUUCUUUCAUUUUCAUAUCUCUUUAUACAAAAACUUUCUUUUAUUUUUAUUUUUCUCUAUCCUUUAUUUUCACAUCUGGGUAUAUGCAUCCAUUCAAUUUAUUUCUUUUGUCUUUCUUUCUCACUUUCCUUCAUUAUUCACCUAUCUACGUAUACAUACUUUAUAUUUAUUUCUUUCUUUCCUUUUCUUUCUUUCUUUUUUUUUUCUUUUCUUUUCAUAUGUCGGUAUAUACAUUCACGUCUUUCCUUUUUUGUAUCGUGUCAUGAGUCAUAUCGAUAUUACAACAUCAAUUUUCUUUUAUUUGUUUGUUUUUUUUUCAAUUUUUUCUUCAUUUGUGUAUCUUUCUUCUUUUAUUAUUGUCCCCUCUCACUUCGAUUUCUCCUUCUUUUCCCUCUUCUUUUUACAAUUUCGUUCAAAUUUAUCUUUCUUUUUUUUGUCGUUUUAUUUUCCUAUUUUAAAAUAUUUUUUCAUUUUUCUUCAAUUUUCACAGCUAGUUUUUACUAUCAUCCUUUCACCUUCUUUCUAUUACAUUGCACCCCCCAAUUUGUCUUUCAUUUCGUUUCUUUCCUUCGUUUUUUGUUCCUUUUUUUGA